UAGCCUAUAGUCACAGUAUAUUGUGAGAUUUUUUCAUGAAUUCCAUUAAUGUGAUAAGUUAAUAAUAGGUUUUUAUACCUGAAUUAAAUGUCCGUAUUGUAAUUGUCUAAAUCUGAUAAACACUCCAUCAGCGACUGUCGUCGAAAAGUGCUCUUUAUUGUCUAGGCGUGCACCGACAAGGGGCGGGGCUUGUUUACAACGAGGUGGAGUCUAGGCACAUCGUAACGCGGCUUCUGAUUGGAUAAGAUUUCAACCCAGCGACUGAGAAACCAGUCUAUAGCAAAUAGGAAACGCCCCCACCCUGUACCGGGAAACUCACUUAAAGCAGCGUGUGUGACGUUCAACAAUUCAACGGGUUGUGGACUGAACGCGGCACAGACAGGGAUUCAGCCUUAGCUGAAGUGAACUAGAGAUAGAGUUACAGUAACGUCUAUGAUCACUGAGGUCAAAAAGAGAGUAAUGAUUAAGUUUUGCUGUGAUGUUUUGUUCCUGGGAUGCAGUCAUUAGAUAAACCGCAGUGUUGUGUCCUGUAUCCGCUGCAGGUGUGAACUGAAUCCUGAAGUGUUUGAGUGGUUCAGGGUUUAGAUUAGACACGGGGUCCUGGUUUCAGAUGUCCCGUUCAGACAAGGUUGACCCGGGUUUAGCUCACUUAAAGCGAGAAGCGUUUCUAUAACGUGAGGAACUCGAGUUAUCAAUCCGUUACACCAAACUGAGUUCAAGGCGAAGGCGCCAAGAUGCCGGAAGCUGGAACAGAUAUGAACAUGGACCGACUCUUUGAGCUGAAAACCUCGGCUUCCAUAGGCACGGAAAACAUCCCACCUCCAUCUUUGUCCAGUGGCCCGUCGGGGGACAUCCUUCGCAACUUUUACCACACCAAAAGAGUUGGAAAUUACCUCAUCGGCAGGAAGCUGGGAGAAGGCUCCUUCGCCAAAGUGCGUGAGGGGCUGCACGCGCUCACCGGAGAGAAGGUGGCAGUGAAAGUAAUCGACAAAAGAAAGGCUAAGAAGGACUCGUAUGUUACCAAAAACCUGCGCAGAGAGGGUCAGAUCCAGCAGAUGAUUCGCCACCCCAACAUCACGCAACUGCUGGACAUUCUGGAGACUGAAAACAGUUACUAUCUUGUGAUGGAGCUCUGCCCAGGAGGAAACCUAAUGAAUCACAUCUACGAGAAGAAACGACUCGAUGAGAGGGAGGCACAGAAAUAUGUCCGCCAGCUAGUCAUGGCUGUGGAGCACCUGCACAGGGCUGGGGUAGUACACAGAGACCUAAAGAUUGAAAAUCUUUUGCUAGAUGAACAAGACAACAUAAAGCUCAUAGAUUUUGGACUUAGUAACUGUGCAGGAAUCCUGGGAUAUUCUGACCCUUUUAGCACACAGUGUGGCAGCCCAGCCUAUGCCGCCCCUGAGCUGCUCUCAAGGAAGAAGUACGGGCCCAAAGUAGACGUCUGGUCUAUUGGCGUCAACAUGUAUGCCAUGCUCACUGGCACCCUUCCAUUCACGGUGGAGCCUUUUAACCUCAAAGCAUUGCACCAGAGAAUGGUGGACAAGGACAUGAACCCUCUGCCUCCUUCACUGUCCUCAGCUGCAGUUAGUUUACUGAAGAGCCUUUUGGAACCAGACCCUGCCAAAAGACCCAACAUCCAUCAAGUUAUGGGUGAUUCAUGGCUACAGCUGGGCAACCCACACACUGGAAUCCCUUACUUAAACAGGAUCCAUAUUGAGGAGAUCAACCACACGGUUCUUCUGCAUAUGACUGAACGAAUGGGCUACAAGCACAGUGAAGUCCUUAGCGCUGUGCUUACUAACCGCGCCUGUCACACUCUUGCCGUCUACUUCCUCCUUAACAAGAAAAUGAAAAGACUCUCCAAAGAGUACAGAGAAAAGCAGUACACUAUGGAAAAGGAGAAAAAGAGUGAACUAUUCCAGACACAGUGGAGGAAACACAUUGAGAAGAUCACCAUUCCCCCAAAGCAGACACCAGUCUAUUUGGCUGUGAGCAAAGGCCCCACCAAAGAAAAGAAACAGAAAACAGGGCUUCUUAAAGCGAUGACUGGCCUGAAGGACGCUUACUCACGACAAGGUGGCUGCAUUGCCUCCUCCUCCUUAGAGUACCUAGAAAUCCAUCCGCUGUUUCCACAGACAUCUCAAGGAGGACGGCACCUUGAUGCCCAGCCCCCCAAGAAAGACGGCCCGAAAGCCAUGGACGUGCCUGCGCGGCCUCCCUCGUCUCUGGGUGCACAUUCCUGGGCAUCAGCAAGCAAAGAGCCUAGCAAAGAUGAUCCACCAUCACCCUGGUACAAGCUCACCAAUGGAGCUCUCUCACCACCACGGCAUGUUUCUGCUUUCCACCAGCCAGACAGCUCCUACCUCAAAAAGGCCACCAUCCCUAGUGUCCCAGUGUUCACUGUAAAACCCCAGCCCAAGAAUAGUCCCCCCAGCACAGAGUGGCACAGCAAACCUGAGUCAAGCAGCAAUGGGGGCAGCAGUGGGCGUAGCAGUGGGGGCAGCAGUGGGGGCAGCAAUGGGGGCAGCAGCAGCGGAGGCAGCAGUGGCAACAGCAAUGAGGAGCCCAGUAGCCCGCAGCACCGUGCUAAGUUUCCCUCCAUGGGCAUUGGACAGAUUUUGAAGAAGAAAGUUCAACCUUUUGCCUUUCCAGCACCUCUGUUCAGGCCUGAGCCAGCCAUAGAGGUUGAGUCUCCGACUCCAUACCACAUGCAGACACUACUGUGUGCCUCUGGCGCACUCAAAACUCUGUGCUGA